ACCUCUCUAACGUCGUUCUCUCUACUUGUCUCCUUCCCACAGAUAAAGCAGAUAACUUCACCUUGCCCCGAAGACCAACACAAUGGCAUUAUUCACGGUGGUUUUGUUCCUGGCGGCUGUGUGGCUUCCGUUCUUUCCUGCAAAGGGACAGGAUCUACGUUUUGCUGAUUUGUCAACCACCCUGACAAAAGUCCAAACUGAGAUUGUCAACAAACAUAAUGACCUAAGGAGAGGAGUCUCUCCACCUCCCAGUAACAUGCUGAAGAUGCAAUGGAACAGCAAGGCAGCAGAAAACGCCCAAAAUUGGGCAAACAAGUGCGUUUUCAAACACAGUAAGAGAGAGGAUAGAAUAGUAGGUACAAGGAAGUGUGGUGAGAAUCUUUUUAUGUCAAGUUACCCUUCUACAUGGUCUAACGCAAUCCAAAACUGGUAUGAUGAGGUCCAUGAUUUUGCUUUUGGAGUAGGGCCGAAGAGUCCCCAAGCAGUAGUUGGACAUUUCACCCAGGUUGUUUGGUAUUCAUCUUUCCUUAUUGGAUGUGGAGUUGCCUACUGUCCCAAACAAAGUCUAAAGUACCUCUAUGUUUGCCAAUACUGUCCUGCUGGCAAUAUUGUUGGCAAACAACAUGUCCCUUACCAACAGGGAACACCCUGUGGCAGCUGCCCCAAUCACUGUGACAACGGACUAUGCACCAAUAGCUGUGAGUAUGAAGAUACCUAUUCUAACUGUCCAUCUUUAAAGAAAACAUGGACCUGUGCCUCUGAUUUUGUGAAGACCAAUUGCAAGGCUGCCUGCAACUGUGAAGGCAAAAUUUAUUAAAUUCCCAGUACUGACCAAGCAGGGCUACAUGAUGGAAGGCUGCAUCAUCUACUCAGAUUUGAUAUUUACUAACAAGGAAAUCACGGACAUGUUAGCUACAAAUUUGAUUUCAAGUAGUAAAGGGUCUUUUUCUCCUGGAUCUGCUUUUUAUUUUACAGAAUUUUUUUUCAUACAAAAAAAAAUUUAAUGUAACCUAAUCUAUGAUAACAACUUUGGAUUUUGAUGUAAAUGGGGUGAUGUAAAUUUAAUUGAAUUUAAUCAAGUUGAAGAUUCUGAAAGCUGUAUUCUCUUACAAAUAUGAUCACUAGAAAUUUGAACUGAAAUUGAGAACCAUGUAUAAAAUAAACAAGCUGCAAGGAUAUUUUGUAUGGCACAGGGCAUGUAGCGAAUAUUCUAUAAUAACUAUAAAUGAAGUAUAACCUUUAAAAUUUGCAAAUCACUAUAUUGUACACCUGAAACACAUAAUAUUAUACAUCAGUUAUUCCUCAAAAAAGCCUGAGGAGGAGGGAAAGGGUUAUAUCAGAAAACUUGGGAGCCCCAAGGCCUGGGAGCUGGGACGGAGGAAGCUCUGAUUUAGAACUCACUUUUCAUCUCCUACAGGCAAUGUCCAGACCAGCUCGCCUGCCAGCCUAGGGGUGUUCUCCCAGCUCCAAGGCUUCCCACUUCUCCUCCAUCUCUCAAAACCUGGCUUGGGGUCCUUGGCUGGAGGGUGACCCCAUGCUGGGGACGUGCUAAAUCAAAAAAAAAGAAAGAAAUUGAGAAUCAUAUUUCUAGAACAAGAUGCAUGAAAAGGUCAGAAUGUAAUAUCAUUGUCUCAUGAAUCCUGAACUACAGUCCUCAUUCCCAGUCCCACUUUAUAGCUAAACAUCUUCCAAGAUACAUAUGCUAUCUUUAAUUCUUCCUCUUCCCACUAAUGUCUCCCAUUUUUACAGUUAAAUUCAAAUCAUUCUUCCUAAGGUAGCCUCCAUCUUCAUUUUGCCAAAAUCAGUGAAGACUUUUGGGUCUUCAUCUGCAUAAAUUGUACAGUAGAAUAUGACCACGCCUUCCUUUUUAAGUCUCUCUUCUUUUAGACAAAUCUUCCUUAAAGAAAAAUUCAAAAUAAUAUAUUUUGAAUAUACCUCUUCCUUCAGGAUGUAGAACUCUGAUCGCUCGCUCUUGAGUCUGUGCUGAACUUAGGGACUCGCUUCCAAAGCGGAAGGUAUGAACAGUGGAGAAAUCUGGCAAAUAACGUCUUAACUAAGUGAUCAAAAUUCCACAUCAUUCCUGACUCAGUAAUGAACCAUGUGGAUUCACAUACCACCAUAUAUGAUAUAAUUAGAAGAGAUAUCACUUCUGAGGUGCUCUUUGCAACCCCAGUCUUAUUAUGCAAUAAAACAUCAAGCAAACCUAAAUAGAAAACACCCUGAUCACGACUCCUCAAAGCUGUCAAAAUCAUGAGCAAUAAGGAAAUUCUGAGAAAACAUCACAGACCAGAGGAGAAUAAGGAAACAGAACAACUAAAUACAAUGUGGUACCUUGGAUCAGAUCCUGGAACAGAAGGAGGACAUUAAUGGAAAAUUGAUGAAAUGUGGAAAGGAUCCAGUGUAUUUUUAACAACAGUGGUGAUUUCUUAGUCUUGAUCAAUGUACCAGAGAGAUGUAAGAUAUUAAUAAUAUGGGAAGCUGUA